AUGAAUCCUUCAGGACUGACAAAGUCUCUGCCAUUCUACUUUCAUCAGGGAGUCGUGUGCGGGAUCAGCACACUGUUGCUGAGCUGCUUCGGCGGCGGAUUGACGAGCGGUCGAGCACAGGCCAUCCUGCUCAUGUCCAUCUCGGUCGGAUGUUGCAACGCUGUCAACAUGAUCGUCAUGGAGAUCGGCGAGUGGCGCAUCUUUGACCACGAUCGGAACGCGCGACCAGAUCCACACUUGGCGACGUUUCACGGCGACUCGCAUCACUUCCACCAAACGUCUACACUUUCCGCGGGUAAUAACGGCACUUUCGGCAGCGAACACCGGAGAGACACCAUGUCCAUGCCGGCUGGCGACCCGGAUCCCUUUACCGCUGAAGUCGUCAAGAGUCUUCUUUCCUACGCGUACCUGACGACGACGAUUAGCACAGCUGCGGCAUUGGUAUCGUCGUUCAUCGCGAGCCAGUACAUCCUGUGUUUCAUGUACCGCAACGAGAAGAACAAACAGGCUGGGCAUCCCGACGCCUUCCGCUCCACCAUACGCAACCCCGAGGACGAAGCCCCUGGCCUCGCAAGCCCGUGGCUACAACGCCAGGAGACGGCCUGCCGCCAGUACGCCAUGUGGAUGGACAAACUGUACCUCGAGCAGAAUGCCCCCGGGUAUCCUCAGCACACCGGCGCCGCCACUUCCAUCGCCAUGCACCGCGAGCACGUGCGAGCCCUGCAGGACGCCAUGGACAGAGCGGAUCCUCUGCGGUACGCCAGACGCGACAGCUUCUCGUCCACCACGACCCUGGGCUCCACAUACAGCUCGUCAAGAUCCGUCCAGUCCACGCGUCGAAAGCCGCCACGACUGCCGCUCGCAGGCAUCCCCGAUCCCGACUACGACAACUUGAAGCGUUUGCACGACGCCUAUUACGCAGGAAGAAUCACGCAAGGUUUACCAGGAGUUCCAGGUCUCGGUCCUAGCUUGUCCCGCAGCAACUCAUCCGACUCCAGCACGCGCGGUACACGAGCAGCUCUCGGCAUCAACCAGGCCAUCAACAGCACCCCAAAACACACACCUUCUGCCACGUCACCACACAGCCUAAUCCCGAACGUGUCCCAAGACCGGCUGCUUCUCGUUCCAGCCGAGCAACUCCAGCCAUCGUCCACAUCCUCAUCGGCCAACUCGUCCAUUUCGGGCACAUUUUCGCAACAACACCAGAGACCCGAGCGUCCGAAAAAGACUUCGUCCUACCCGAGAGACCAUUGUGCUCAGAACGCGCUGCCGUCUGUUGUUCCUGGCGCGGCGGCGCAGCAACAAGAAGCCGUGCCUUUCGGGAACGCCGAAUCGUGCAGGUUCACUGGCAAGUACAAGGCUGUCGCUGAAAUUGAGAUUUGAUUAGCUGUGACGGGACCGAACGAUCGAUCGGGACAAUAAGAGAACAUUUCAAGAGGCAUCCGUCCGUCCGUGGUCCUCGUACACACGCUGUUGACUCGACGCUUGCAUUAGUUCGCGAAAAAACUAUUUCACCUCUGGAUAAUCUCAUCGCGGAACUGCGGGACUCCUCCAAGAUCAUAAAUUUGUCUCCAAUUCAAAUGUUCAAGCUAAAACACGAGUCAUUUCCCGGAACAUUUCAAGCGUUUUUCUGUGAAUUUCACUUUGUUUAAAAUUGUAUGCAGAACUUUAUUUUUUUUUAAAGUUCAAAUAAAAUUCCAGGCACGUGCCAAGUUACCCUACUCAGGGAACACAGCUUGAGUGAAUCAAAAUGCUCCUCAUCGGAUUUAAAAAGUUCUCUUCAAGCAACAUACCCUAGAAAUUCGUAGUCAAGGUCCAAGUUCUUCCAGAAUGCUGCCAUGAAUGAGGUGUUUGAAAAAGUUCUUUGCUUUAGAAAGCAGACGCCAUGCUUUAUAAUUCUUUGACUGCGAGUCAAAUUUGAAAGGAGAAACAGGAUGAAGUAGGCAAAACAGUGUGAUUCGAUGAAAUGAGCGCGAAUGAAUGGUUACUUCGAUGUAUUUGGUGAAAGAACAGUCCCUGCAUAUUCUACCCGUGCUUGUUCUGUGUUGUGUUGAGGAAUGGAUCUGGAUUUUCA